CAUUAACUCUGGAACUGAACUGCCUCUUCUAAUCCUCGUUUUGUGUACUCUCUCUCUCUCUCUCUCUCUCUCUCUCUCCAUUGCCUUGUCUGCAUUCAUGUCUUCCUCUUCUGCUUCUGCUGCAUGCUGAAUUGAUCGAGUUUCUUUCAGGUUUUCUUUUCAUCACCAGUACUAGCUGCAUAUAUGCAGCUAUAACUUUGCUGGUGGAUUUGAGUUUGAAGCUGGAUCCCUCAGUUUUCAGCAUCCUUCCUUGAACGUACCUCCAUAAAAACCUUUCCAGCAUGUAAAGUCUGCCUUCCCUACUCAAUCCCAGAAUAUAUUCAUCCAAGAAAAAAAAAGGUGUUUCUUUCUGUAUGUUUGAAGAAUUAAAGUUAUCUUUCUUUCAGUGAUAUAUAGUUCUCGAUCUGUAUAUCCUGGCUCGCUUCAGUCGGUCUAUUCCUUAGCAGUACAUUUACAAAAGCCUCAAAAGCAUGUAAUUUUCUUCCCACUCAUCCCAAAAAACCCAGAAAAAGAAAAAAAAAAUCAAUAGUGUUAUCCAGUUUCAUCGAGUUCAUAAUGCUGCCGUAGUCGAAUAUCUUAGCUUUAUUCUUUUGGGUUACCUAUCCUGGCCAAGAUUAUAAUCCUCGUGUAGCGACAAUUUUAUAAAAAUCACAGAAUCAUGUAAUUUACAUCUAUCUCGUUUUCCCAGUAUCCAAUCACAAAAAAAAAAAAAAAAAAAAAAGAUCUUCUUGUUUCUUAUUCAUUAAGGUUGCAGAAAUUAAGAAAUGCCGGAACCAGAGACAGGUACGCCACCGGAGUCAGCUCCGGCUACGCCAGGGACGCCGGGUGGCCCGCUGUUCACAUCUCUGCGAGUGGACUCGCUGUCGUAUGAUCGGAAGUCAAUGCCGCGAUGCAAGUGCUUGCCCGUGAAUGCUCCAACGUGGGGUCAGCCUCACACGUGCUUCACCGACUUCCCUGCACCUGAUAUCUCUCUCACUCGCAAGCUUGGAGCAGAGUUCGUGGGGACCUUCAUCCUGAUAUUUGUAGCGACGGCCGGACCCAUUGUAAACCAGAAGUACAAUGGAGCAGAGACACUGAUCGGGAAUGCAGCUUGUGCAGGGCUGGCAGUGAUGGUCGUGAUUCUGUCCACGGGACACAUCUCCGGUGCACACCUCAAUCCAUCUCUCACCAUUGCUUUCGCAGCACUGCGCCACUUCCCUUGGGCUCAAGUCCCAGCCUAUAUUGCGGCACAGGUUUCAGCCUCCAUUUGUGCUUCCUUCGCUCUCAAGGGUGCUUUCCAUCCCUUCCUGUCCGGCGGAGUCACGGUUCCUUCCGUAAGCACAGGCCAGGCUUUCGCCAUCGAGCUCAUUAUCACUUUCAUUCUCCUGUUCGUUGUCACCGCCGUUGCCACUGACACCCGAGCGGUGGGAGAGUUGGCGGGCAUUGCUGUUGGAGCUACUGUUAUGCUGAACAUUCUCGUGGCCGGGCCAUCAACCGGAGGUUCAAUGAAUCCGGUAAGAACUCUGGGUCCGGCAGUUGCAGCAGGAAAUUACAAGGCACUGUGGUUAUACCUGGUGGCGCCCACACUUGGGGCCCUUCUCGGUGCAGCGACAUACACGUUAGUCAAGCUCCGAGACGACGAGACUGAUCCGCCGCGCCAGGUCAGGAGCUUCCGCCGCUAGGCAUGCAGCACUCGAACCUAGCUGUAUAUGGUUGCCUUUCACGCCGAUCCUGAUGCCGCUGUUGCUGCAAUUUCAUUCACUACUUUUUGGCGGUGUUUGGAAUACUUUGAAGUACCAUGAUGUGAUAGCUUGAAAGUAAUAUAAUAAUAAUAACAAGAAGGAGGAUAAAGGUGUGGUUGGCGUCUGAGGAUGUGACCAAAAGUCUACUCUCUACAGUUGGGUUGAAUAAAAAAGGACAUUAUUUCCUUUGUCUGGUGCUUGUCAUCUCACGGGGGACUCUCUCCUUGGAUGGACGGCUGUGUUACGUUGAAUUUGCCUGUAUUUGGUUGUCUUGUCUCCUUCGCAAGAAGACCCAACCUCUAACAAUUAUGUGUGUUGUGUGUGCCUUCGGUUUUGUUUCCUUCGUGAAAAUACUAUGCGUUUGUUGCUUGGUUUGAUGCU